GUGCCGGUCAAGCUGCUGCCGCAGGUGGUGGGGAAGCAGUUCGUCUCGGUGGUGGCACGUGUGGGGCAGGUGACCCUGGAGAAGGUGCUGCUGGUGUCACUGCAGAGCGGCCACAUCUUCCUGCAGACCGACAAACCCAUCUACACCCCGGGCUCCACCGUGCUCUGUCGUCUCUUCGCCCUCAAUCACUUCAUGGAGCCUCUGCUGAAGACGGUGAUCGUGGAGGUCAAGACACCUGACAACGUCAUCAUCAAGCAAGUGCCCGUGUCCUCCCCCAUGAGGAAUGGGAUCUUCUCCAUCAACCACAACCUGCCAGAGGUGGUCAGCCUGGGGACGUGGACUAUCACGGCCAAAUUUGAAGACUCGCAGAACCAGGUCUUCAGCACCCAAUUUGAAGUCAAGGAAUACGUGCUGCCGAGCUUUGAGGUGACUCUGGAUCCACAGGAGAAAUUCCUCUACAUUGACCGGCAAGAGGAUUUCCGGGUGUCCAUCACAGCCAGGUACCUGUAUGGGAAGAGUCUGCAGGGGACGGCCUUCGCCCUCUUUGGUGUGAUGGUGGAUGACGAGAGGAAGACCAUCCCCCAGUCCCUGCAGCGCAUCAAGGUGACCAAUGGGGACGGGGAGGCCGUGCUACCUAUGGGCAUGAUGCGGCAGCGCUUCGCCAACCUCCAGGAGCUGGUGGGGCACUCGCUCUACAUCACCGUCACUGUCCUCACCGAGUCAGGCAGUGACAUGGUGGAGGCACAGCACAGUGGCAUCCGCAUCGUGACGUCCCCAUACACCAUCCACUUCACCCACACCCCCAAGUACUUCAAGCCCGGGAUGCCCUUUGAUCUGACGGUUUAUGUCACCAACCCCGACAAUUCCCCGGCUCCACGCAUCCCCGUCAAGGCUGACAACUUCCAGGGCCUCGUCUCCACCCAGCGCGAUGGCAAGGCCAAGCUGGUCCUCAACAUGCCAGCCCACCAGAACUCUGUCCCCAUCACUGUGAGGACAGCCCAGAAGGAUCUGCCCCCAGAGUGCCAGGCCUCACGGCAGAUGGUGGCCGAGGCGUAUCAAAGCCAGGGGAACUCCGGCAACUAUCUGCACCUGGCUGUGGGUGCUAGCCAGGUGCAGCCCGGGGACAACCUCCCCGUCCACUUCCACCUCAAGAGCAACAGCGAGGAUGUCCGCAAAUCUGUCAGCUACUUCACCUACCUGAUCCUGAACAAGGGGCACAUUGCCCAUGUGGGACGGCAGCCAAGAGAACGUGACCAGAGCCUGGUCACUAUGUCACUUCCAGUGACGGCCAACCUCAUCCCUUCCUUCCGUAUCGUGGCCUACUACCACGUGAAGCCUGGCGAGAUCGUUGCUGACUCGGUCUGGGUCGAUGUCAAGGACACCUGCAUGGGCAGUCUGGUGGUGAAGGGAGCGUCGGAGGCUGACAAUCGGGUGCAUGAGCCGAGGACCCCCAUGCGGCUGCGCAUCGAGGGUGACCACAAAGCCCAUGUGGGGCUGGUGGCCGUGGACAAGGCCGUCUUUGUCCUCAACAAGAACAAACUCACCCAGAGUAAGGUUUGGGACACGGUGGAGAACAGUGACAUCGGCUGCACCGCGGGCAGUGGGAGGGACCACGUGGGGGUCUUCGCCGAUGCUGGCCUCAGCCUGACUUCAAACGUGAACAUCCAAACACAGCAGAGAGGAGAGGUCCAGUGCGCAAAACCUGCAAAACGCAAGCGCCGCUCCGUGAAGCUCAUCAAGCACAAGGGCACCAAGAUGGCCGAGUACAGCGACAAGAACCUGCGCAAGUGCUGUGAGGAUGGCAUGAAGGAAAACCUGAUGGGCUACAGCUGCGAGAAACGGGCCACCUACAUCCUCGAUGGCAAGGCCUGCACCGAAGCCUUCCUCAACUGCUGCCACUACAUCAAGGGCAUCCGCGACGAGGAGCGCGAGCUGCACUACGAGCUGGCUCGAAGUGAGGUGGAUGAUGCCUUCCUGGCCGAUGAAGACAUCACCUCACGGAGCCUCUUCCCGGAGAGCUGGCUAUGGCAGGUGGAGGAGCUGACAGAACCGCCCAAUGAUCUAGGCAUCUCCACGAAGACACUGCCCAUAUACCUGAAAGACUCCAUCACCACCUGGGAGGUCCUGGCCAUCAGUCUCUCUGAGAAAAAGGGGCUGUGCGUGGCCGACCCCUAUGAGAUUACGGUGAUGAAGGAGUUCUUCAUUGACCUGCGCCUGCCCUACUCGGCGGUGAGGAACGAGCAGGUGGAGGUCCGCGCCAUCCUCUACAACUACUGGAAGAACAAGAUCAAGGUGCGCGUGGAGCUGAUGUACAACCCAGCCCUGUGCAGUGCAUCUACCUCCAAGACGCGCUACCAGCAGAUUUUUGAGCUGGAACCGCAGUCGUCGCACGCUGUGCCCUUUGUCAUCGUGCCCUUGCAGCUGGGGCAGCACGACGUCGAGGUGAAGGCGGCUGUCUGGCAGAGCUUUGUGUCUGACGGUGUCAAGAAGAAGCUCAGAGUGGUGCCCGAAGGGAUGAGGCUGGAGAAGACAGUGAAGAUAGUUGAGCUGGACCCAAAGACACUGGGAAACAACGGUGUGCAGGAAGUGAAGGUGAAAGCAGCAAAUCUCUCUGACAUCGUUCCCAACACUGAGUCGGAGACCAAAGUCAGCAUUCAAGGCAACCCCGUGUCCAUCCUGGUGGAGAAAGCCAUCGAUGGGACCAAGCUGAAGCACCUCAUUGUGACCCCAUCGGGCUGUGGGGAACAGAACAUGAUUGGGAUGACACCCACCGUCAUUGCCGUCCACUACCUGGACAGCACAAUGCAGUGGGAGACCUUUGGUAUCAACCGCCGCACUGAGGCCAUCGAAUUGAUUAAAAAGGGUUACGCCCAACAACUUGCAUUCCGCAAAGACGACGGAUCGUUUGCUGCCUUCAAUAACCGCCCAUCGAGCACCUGGUUGACAGCCUACGUGGCCAAGGUCUUUGCCAUGGCCAUCAACGUGGUGGACAUCAAGCCAGAGGUGGUUUGUGGAGCCAUCAAAUGGCUCAUUCUGGAGAAGCAGCAGCCAGAUGGGAUUUUCCAAGAAGAUGCUCCUGUCAUCCACAAGGAGAUGGUGGGAGGCUACCACGGCGCUGAGCCAAGUGUGUCCCUGACAGCCUUCGUCGUCUCCGCACUGCAGGAAUCCCAGAAAAUCUGCAAGAACUACGUGAAAAGCUUGGAUGGGAGCAUUGCCAAAGCCACCGAUUAUCUCUCCCGGAAAUACCAAUCCCUGACCCGACCCUACACAGUGGCCCUGACCUCCUAUGCCUUGGCCCUCACAGGGAAACUCAACAGCGAGAAAGUUCUGAUGAAGUUCUCCAAAGAUGGCACCCACUGGGCGGAACGCAACGCCCACACCUACAACAUCGAGGGGACAUCCUACGCUCUGCUAGCACUGCUGCAGAUGGAGAAGGCCGAGCUGACGGGGCCGGUGGUCCGCUGGCUGGCCCAGCAGAACUACUUCGGUGGUGGCUAUGGAUCCACCCAGGCCACCAUCCUGGUGUUCCAGGCGCUGGCUCAGUACCACGUGGCACUGCCGCGGCAGACGGAGCUCAACCUGGACGUGUCGGUGCUGCUGCCGCGCCGUGCCAAUGCCAUCACCUACCGCAUCGAGAACAGCAACGCGCUGGUGGCACGCUCGGCCGAGACCAAGCUGAACGAGGACUUCACCGUGAAAGCAGAGGGCACGGGCAAAGGGACAAUGACAGUGGUGACCGUCUACAAUGCCAAAGUCCCCGAGAAGGAAAAGAAUUGUGACAACUUUGACCUGCGGGUCAAUGUGGAGGAUGUGAAGGCGGGCCGGGAGCUGGAAGGGGUCACCCGCUCCGUCAAGAUCACCAUCUGCACCAGGUACCUGGACACUGUGGAUGCCACCAUGUCCAUCCUUGAUAUCUCCAUGCUCACCGGCUUCUCCCCUGAUGUUCAGGACCUGAAGAGCCUCUCGGAGGGAGUGGAGAGAUACAUUUCCAAGUUUGAGAUCGACCAUUCGCUGUCAAACCGCAGCAACCUCAUCAUCUACCUGGACAAGGUCUCCCACCAAGUGGAGGAGUGCAUCGCUUUCAAGGCCCACCAGCACUUCCAGGUGGGCCUGAUCCAGCCUGCCUCCGUCACUGUCUACAGCUACUACAAGAUUGAUGAUCGCUGCACCCGUUUCUACCACCCGGACAAGGACGGUGGGCAGCUGAGGAAGAUCUGCCACGGGGACGUGUGCCGCUGCGCUGAAGAAAACUGCUUCACACGACAGAAGAAGGACAAUCCCAUCACCGUCAAUCAGCGCAUCGACCGUGCCUGUGAGCCAGGGGUGGACUACGUGUACAAAGUGAAGAUGGUUGCAACAGAGGAUACGCCGUCCCACGACAACUACAUCAUGAACAUCCUCUCUGUCAUCAAGAUGGGCACCGAUGAGGACCCACUUGGGAGCAACCGGACCUUCGUGAGCCACAAGCAGUGCCGGGAUGCACUGAGCCUCCAGAAGGGGCAGGACUACCUGGUGUGGGGGCUGGCGUCAGACCUGUGGGUCACCGGCAGCCGCUUCUCCUACCUCAUCGGCAAGGACACGUGGCUGGAAGCGUGGCCCUUGGAGGAGACGUGCCAGGACGCCGACCUGCAGCCGCUCUGCCAGGACUUCAUCGAGUUCUCGGAGGCCAUGACCAUGUUCGGGUGCCCCUCCUGAUGGGGUGACCCCAAUCUGACGUCCCUUCCCCUCCUAAUGUCACCCCGUCUUUUUUUUGGUUGGUUUUUUGUUUUUUUUUUUGUGGAGUGGGGUGG